GCGCGCCAGCGCCACCGCAGCAGGGCUGUGGGUCAGGGUCUGGGUGGCGUGGGAGUCAUGGCCAGCCACCUCGAGCUCAACAACGGUGUCAAGAUGCCCAUCCUCGGGCUGGGCACCUGGAAGUCUCCUCCAGGCCAAGUGACUGAGGCUGUGAAGGUAGCCAUUGACCUUGGGUACCGCCACAUUGACUGCGCCCAUGUGUACCAGAAUGAGAAGGAGGUGGGGGUGGCUCUCCAAGAGAAGAUCAAGGAACAGGUUGUGAAGCGCCCGGACCUCUUCAUUGUCAGCAAGCUUUGGUGCACGUUCCAUGACAAAAGCCUGGUGAAGGGAGCCUGCCAGAAGACACUCAGUGACCUGAAGCUGGACUACUUGGACCUCUACCUCAUUCACUGGCCAACAGGCUUCAAGCAUGGGAAUGAAUUUUUCCCCUUGGAUGCAUCAGGCAACGUGAUUCCCAGCGACACGGAUUUUAUGGACACCUGGGCGGCCAUGGAAGAGCUGGUAGAUGAAGGGCUGGUGAAAACAAUUGGCAUUUCCAACUUUAACCACCUCCAGAUUGAGAAACUCUUAAACAAACCUGGCUUAAAAUACAAGCCAGCAGUUAACCAGAUCGAGUGCCACCCGUACCUAACUCAGGAGAAGUUGAUCCAGUACUGCCAUUCCAAAGGCAUUGUGGUGACUGCCUACAGUCCCCUCGGCUCUCCUGACAGGCCCUGGGCCCAACCUGAGGACCCUUCCAUCCUGGAGGAUCCCAAUAUCAUGGCCAUUGCAGCCAAGUACAAUAAAACUACAGCCCAGGUGCUGAUUCGGUUCCCUAUACAGAGGAAUUUGGUGGUAAUCCCCAAGUCUGUGACACCAGCACGCAUUGCUGAAAACUUUCAGGUCUUUGACUUUGCACUGAGCAGUGAGGACAUGGCCACUUUACUCAGCUAUAACAGGAACUGGAGGGUCUGUGCCUUGCUGAGCUGUGCUGCCCACAAGGAUUAUCCCUUCAAUGCAGAGUUUUGAAACUAUGGAUGAUUGCUCUUCCCCAGGUGACUUGGACCUGUUCUUCCUGCAUUGUUUGUCCCUACAAGUAUGUGUGACCCGUAGCCCUUGGCAGGGGACAACAAACUGCAAACUAGGUACCCAGGAUUUGUUAGCUUGAUAUAGAGUUUGAAUAACAGUAUCAGUAGACUAGGUGUCUCUUCCAGUCUUUUCUUUGCCUUUCUUCUGGCCCAGCUAGAGGAAGAAUGACCUGAGUACCCUUUCUAACCAAAGAGAAGCAAAAUCUACAAAGUCAAAAUAGUGCCACUAACAGUUGUGUUUUGACUGCUUUGAACUGUAAUCCUUUCAGCCAGACUUCUCUUUGUCUAAAAUAAAAAGUGCUUUU